AUGGGAGUCACGCUGCACCCCCUGAGCGUCUGGAGCCGUGGCCCCGGCAAUGGGAGUCACGCUGCACCCCCUGCACCCCUGAGCGUCUGGAGCCGUGGCCCCGGCAAUGGGAGUCACGCUGCACCCCCUGCACCCCUGAGCGUCUGGAGCCGUGGCCCCGGCAAUGGGAGUCACCCUGCACCCCCUGCACCCCUGAGCGUCUGGAGCCGUGGCCCCGGCAAUGGGAGUCACGCUGCACCCCCUGCACCCCUGAGCGUCUGGAGCCGUGGCCCCGGCAAUGGGAGUCACGCUGCACCCCCUGCACCCCUGAGCGUCUGGAGCCGUGGCCCUGGCAAUGGGAGUCACGCUGCACCCCCUGCACCCCUGAGCGUCUGGAGCCGUGGCCCCGGCAAUGGGAGUCACGCUGCACCCCCUGCACCCCUGAGCGUCUGGAGCCGUGGCCCCGGCAAUGGGAGUCACGCUGCACCCCCUGCACCCCUGAGCGUCUGGAGCCAGGGCCCCGGCAAUGGGAGUCACCCUGCACCCCCUGCACCCCUGAGCGUCUGGAGCCGUGGCCCCGGCAAUGGGAGUCACGCUGCACCCCCUGCACCCCUGAGCGUCUGGAGCCGUGGCCCCGGCAAUGGGAGUCACCCUGCACCCCCUGCACCCCUGAGCGUCUGGAGCCGUGGCCCCGGCAAUGGGAGUCACCCUGCACCCCCCUUUGGUUCCGCUCUCUGA